UGAGAACGGGUCUACAGGGGACACAACACGACUGUCCUCUCACACCAGCAACAUUCACACACAGUGUCUGUGUCGGUGAGAGGAUCAGUACAUUAUUGAUGGUGUCGAACAUGAUUACAUCGAAACGUCUUCUCUCUUCAGUGGCAGGUGGCUUCAGGUGUGUGUCCGUCUCCACUGCUGCCAACAUGUCCAACAUGUACCCCCGCCCGACACGGCAAGGGGUAAGCAGGCCUGCCGGCAGUCCUGGCGAGACCAACCAAGUGUUGCCCAAGCUAUCACCAACCUAACCUACGGACGCCCCAACCUUACCUGGUACUCCAGCCUGCCCUGUCACCGCGACCUGCCGACUUUUGUUUGCGCGACACUUCUACCCAAGUGUGACCGGGAAGAAGGAAACGUCCGGGUACUUCCGUGUCGGGAGUUGUGCCGUCCCGAUGAGCGAGCUGGGGAUGUCUUGGUUUGACGAGUGGAACUGCACGUACUUUCCUGAGUCUCAUGAAAGACUGUGCCUCAGAGAUAUCUGUGAAGACGACAAUACAACUGGAUCGCACAGUUACCCGUGUAUUCUGGUACAACAGGCCGGCUGUCGUCCUUCCAUCGGGUCGUCCUUGGUUGGUGACGUCAUGACAGGGAACUCCAGCCGCUGGUCUGUGGCGGAGCUGAGCUCGUACUUCAGUAGAGUGAAGGACAUGGCGGAUAGAGGGGACAGCAUGAGCGCUUAUGCGUGCUACCAGGAGGGGUGUGACGAUGAUAUGGUUGGUUCUACAUCUCUUCCUCCUCACGUUACCUGCCGGUGGCUAACCUGUCUUCAUACCACACCACCAGAGAGUUCUGCCGCUCGCAGGGAGGCUACCUGGCAUCCAUCAACACUGCCACCGAGGGUGUCUGCCAACAGGCGGGCUUUGGGAACUGCCGCGGCUUUCUGGACUACAAUAUGACUUCAUUUCCAAACGCGUUUGGCCAUCGCAGUAUCGCCGAAGUCUUCAGGAACACAUCAAGUGAAAUCUUUACAAAAGCCUUGAAUGCCUCCCUUCACGAGGCUGUACUUAAAUUUGUUCCACUAUUUUCCCUGAGUGUCGGAAAGGAGGAACGCGUGUUUUCCAUGUCGGGAGCUCUGUGUCGAAGUAUUAAAGGUCACCCGAAAUGUAAAUUUUAGGUUUGUCAUGGCCGGAGGUUUGGGACUGUUCUUUGUUCCCACAUUUCGGACAAUGUCAAACAUGCUUUAGAGGUAAGUCAGCUAUUUUAUGGGCUGAUUCUUAUUUUCAACACACCAUAUGGUGCUUAUCAACGCAAUCUAUUGAAAUGAUACUUCACCCUUUGUUUGAAUUUUCAAUGAUCGCUUACAGUUUGUGAUUUAAAUAUUGAUUUAUUGUGUUUAUAUAGAGGCUAUGCCUCUUUCGUGCUGAUGUUGUUUGAAGUUCAGCGAUGAUUGGUGUCUAACGAAGGUGUUUUCUCUCCUUGUUUAAGGAUUUACAUACAGAUUAACAGUAACACACCUAUCACGAACAUUCCUGUCCGGUAACAGGUGGAAUUUCUCUGUCUUUCGUACCUCCACGUGUCCACUAUGCUGUUUGUUAUGGGUGUGUGUGUGUGUGUGUGUGUGUGUGUGUGUGUGUGUGUGUGUGUGUGUGUGUGUGUGUGUUUGUGUGUGUAUGUGUGUGUGUGUGUGUGUUAUAGAAUGGUUGAGCAUGCAAGAUGUGAGUGGUAUAAUGUCGCGAUAAGUUUUAAGAGAGAUGAAAGUGAUUACUGCUAUAUGGUCUUAUUCUUGAAGUCUCAAUAAAAUUCUCCUCCCAAACCGGGUACUGAUGACCUAUUGUCUUACCGCCCCUCUAGG